AUGGACCCGGCUUCGGCAACGUUGUUGAGCCUUCUUCACAAAAACCAAGCGUCACCUUCCGAAUCGACAAUGGCUGGUCAAAGAAGUCCACCAACACCUUAUUCACCUUCGCAACCAACUCCACCUCCGAGACAAAGCCCUCCUAAUUCUUUACAGGCUUUUGGUUUUAAUCAAACCCCUUUGACAUCAUUGUUUAAUACCAUACCUACCAUACCUCCAAAUUCCCUUACCUCACCCGUAUCAACGACACCACAUGGUGGUGUUGUAGCGAGCCAGAUACAAAGUCCUUCAAAUGGUGAAUUCAAAAAUUUAUCCUCUCCAACGACAGUUGACCCAACCUUAAACGUUGAUAAAGCUUCAACUGAAUCUCUUAAACUUGCGUUAUUUGGCCGUUCUACACCAGUUACAAGCCUUGAAGAAAGUCAGCAAGAAAAUGAAAUUCAAUAUCAACCAGAAACCUCAAUGGCAUCAAAUGAAAAUCCAGAAGAUGAAGAUAAUUCUUUUCUUGAAGAAACAUCUGAAAUGGAUGAACAGUUAUCAUCUCCUAUUGAAGUUAUUGAUUACAACAAAUUAUCCAGUUUGGAAUCGAAUAAACCAACUUCCACCACUACAGCUAUUAAACAUUCACCGCCUAUGACUAACAAAUCGAUAUUCACAUAUAGCAAUCCAUUUGACCUUUUAAAAAAAUCGCCACCAUCUUCUCCUUCUCACCGGCAUCCAGCUAAAAGAGAUGUAUUGACAGUACAAAAAGAAGGCGGAGUUUUCUAUAGGCCUCAACAACAAGUUGAACCAUUCCUUCCUGGAUUUUCAGCUUGGAAUGUACGUGCGAGCGCUGCGCCUAAAGGUCAAUCAAGUAUUCCAGAUGGUGUAAAACUUCCCAGAGGAAUUCUUCUAUACGACACUGGCGAACGGAAUAAAAAUGUCUUGUGCUCAAAGAACUUGGAACUUACAACAAUAACUCUUGUUCCAAGUGACUUGGAAUAUC